CUCCCUCCUCCUCUCUCGCUUCUAAGCCUUACCAUGAAGUCCCUCAUCCUUUGUGCAAUCCUUGGCGUCGUUGUGGCCGACAGCCGUAACGGAUUCAACGGAAAUGGUAACGGUUAUGGAGCACCUCCUCCACCCAGCAACGGAUAUGGUGCACCCACUAAUGGAUUCAACGGAAAUGGAAAUGGAAACGGCAACGGUAACAGUUACGGAGCACCUCCUCCUCCCAGCAAUGGAUAUGGUGCACCCACCAACGGAUUCAACGGGAAUGGAAACGGAAACGGCAACGGUUAUGGAGCACCUGCUCCUCCUGGCAACGGUUAUGCAGCUCCCAGGAACACCUAUGGCACACCCAACGGUGCCUAUGGAGUAGAUCCUGAGAUUGCCGCUUUGGCCGAGAACAUUCCUGGGGGCGGCGUUCCUGGCGAGGACUACCCCAUCUUGACUUCUGUGCCUGACACCGGCUUCUCGUGCGAUGCCCAGGCGGUGCAAGGUUAUUACGCUGACACUGCAGCUGAAGCUGGCUGCCAGGUGUUCCAUAUCUGCCAGGACCGCGCCCUCACACGCCAACAGGACUCGUUCCUGUGCCCCAACGGUACCAUCUUCAACCAGCAGUACCUGGUAUGUGACUGGUGGUUCAACGUGGACUGUUCUCAAGCUGAGAGCUUCUACUCCGUCAACGAACUCAUCGGAGUCCUUCCCGACGCCGGAUACGCCUAUGGACCCCCCACCAACGGUAACAGUAACGGCUAUGGCUCCAACGGCAACCGAAGGAAUGGAAACGGCAAGAACGGAAGCAAUGGAUAUGGCUCCAACGGAAACGGAAGGAACGGAAACGGAGGCAGCAACGGCAACGGCUAUGGUGCCCCCACUACUCCAAGCAACGGCUACGGUGCCCCUACUGCCCCAUCCAACUCCUAUGGAACUCCUUUCUAAACUACAUUUGAAAUUUCUUCCUUCUCUUUCCCUUAGAUAUGCAGUUUCUUAGAUUAACGUUUUUCUUCUCUCGCUCGCUCUCUUUCUGUCUUCAGUAUAUAUAUGCACAAGAAUUUUGUACAUGUCGAUAUUGUGAAAUAAAAUA